AUGCCGAAGCAGAAGAAAAUCAAGGACAAGACUCCGCGGCCGUGCAACAAGUUGACCUGCGUGGCAUACCACAAGGACAUCGAUGAGACACUCCAGAGUCUGAGCCAAGAAGUCGCACUGUGGCGAGCCAAGUUCCUUCAUGAGGAAGCCGCACGCGCUGUCGACUGCAACACGAUCGCUACCUUACGCGCCGAGCUUGCAACAUUACGACCACCAUUGGUAGCCGAAGGUCAGGCAGGGCCACGGGUGGUGAUCGCCAUGAAUUUUGCCCCAGGCACGACUGCCGCCGACAUUGAUUCCGUUAUGAGGCACACAAGCAUCAACGAUAACGGCCAGCAGGGUCUCAUCUCCUGCCACAUCAUCUCCACACAGCCCGUCGUCAUUGCCGAGCUUAUCGUCACCGAGCGUACCAUUGCCGACCGAUUAGUUUCCACCUACGACAAUCAACUCGCUGAUGGCCGCUACCUUAAGCUAUACCUUUCUCGCCAGACUGAAUUACCACUCACAACUGUCGCUAGUACCAUCCUGGACAGCCUUCGAGCUGGCAAACAAGACCAAGAAGUCACUCACACCAAACGCCUAGUCUCGCCGAUACCCCCUGUUGUCACCUCUCGAGAGACCUUCGCACUUCCCUUGCACCCAGCUCAUCGCUUUCCUGGUCCUGAAGUUGGCCCUGAUGACGUCGACCUAAAGAUGUCCACUCGACCAUAUCCACUCCACGCAGACGAGGAGGCACUGAUCGAGUUCUCGGAUGCAAGUGAUGAUGGUGGCGAAGACAACAGAGAUAGGUUGAGCGUUCAGGAUUUCGGGUCGGAAUCAGCGUGCUUGCGUUCUUUCACAAACAAUGCUGGAAGUCCUCGACGCACGAAGAGACGGGAUAGUCAGGCACGGUACACGAUACCUGCCAAGGUCUUCCCUAUCGAAACGGGCGACACGGCGAAAAACGAGACCAUCAAUGACACUGUACAGCACCCGCAGAUCAGCUUUGGUGCCGGCGAAGCGUCAGCACUCACAUCAUCAGACAACGAAGCUCCACGAGUCUCAAGUAACAAAGAAUCCUCUCUGCAAGGAGGCGACAAUGGAAAGGCUCUAGCAGCUCCAGUAUUGAGCGAGACCGAGCUGCACGAGCUUCGCGCGCUGAACGCUCUAUGCCGAAUCCACCCCUCCGACACCGAGGCGGACAUAGCCCGCAAGUUCAGCCUGCGUCGCCCUGGAGCUUCGACCUCGCGCUUCUACGAGUUGAGAGACAAGCAGCGGCGGUAUUGGGCUGCUGCCACAGAUACCGGUGGAGGGGUUCCUGGAUGGCAUAAUGUUUUCAACUGA